AUGCCAUCCAUGGAGGAAGCAGAGUCGGGGGACUUCGGGGUUGGUCUGUCCAUAACCGUGGCUGAGGUUGCCAAGGUUAAGCGUGAGGUUCUGCCUCAAGUGGAGGAGUUCAAGUAUCUCAAGAUUUUGUUCGUGAGUGAGGGAAGAAUGGAGCUGUUCGAAGCCAGCAGCAUCCUGCAGCAGCAGCGUCUGUAUCAGUCUGUGCCAGACUCUGUUCUGCUGCAUCCUCAUGUCGCCCAGCAGACUGGACCCGACCAGCCCCUCUCACUGAAUCCCAUCACCACCAGGCGCCAUGGCUCGUGCGUCAUUGGAUGUAAAAAGACUGUGAAGUGUCCUACAGGAUGCUCCUGCUCCAAGGAGACCAUCAUCUGCGUCGGGACCUCCCAGAUCCCCCGGACCGUACCCACCGACACCAACUCACUGAGCAUUGUAAACAGCUCCAUCAGCGAAAUCACAGAGGGGAUGUUCUCCCUGAUGCCUUCUCUCCAGCUGCUGCUCCUGAACGCCAACUCUCUGACGGCCAUCAAAGACAACGCCUUCUCUGGUCUGUCUCAUCUGGAGUAUUUAUUUAUUGAAAGAAACAAGAUCGAAACAAUCACCAAAAAUGCCUUUCGAGGUCUACGAGCUCUGACACAUCUCUCCCUGUCAAACAACAAGAUGAGGUUUCUGCCAAGAAAUCUCUUCUCUGAGCUGGACUCCCUGCUGGAGCUAGACCUGCGGGGGAACUCGUUCCAGUGCAACUGUGAGAACAAAUGGCUGAUGACGUGGCUGAAGAACACCAACGCCACGGUGUCGGAUGUCUUCUGCGCUGGCCCUGGUGAGAUGAAGGGCAAGCGGCUCAAUGACCUUCCCAUUCUGCCGGGCGAAUGUAUUUCCACAGACUUUGUGCGUCAUCAGUCCAUUCCUAUUCAGUCCAUGUCCGCAGACAUCUUCUCCUUUAAAGAGGACAUCUUUGUGGCCAUGUCUGCCCCAAACACCAACAGCUGUGUGAUCAUGGAGUGGGAUCACAUAGAAAUGAAUUUCAGAAAGUUUGACAAUAUAAUAGGGAAAUCUGUCGUUGGAUGCAAGUCAUUUCUGAUAGAAAACCAUGUGCUGAUAAUCAUCACCCAGCUCUUUGGUGGCUCCCACAUCUUCAAGUUUGACGAGAAACAAAACAAGUUCACCAAGUUUCAGACCAUCGAGGUCUUCAACAUCUCGAAGCCAAAUGAUAUGGAGGUCUUUCAGAUGGAUGGUGACUGGUAUUUUCUGAUUGUGGACAGUUCCAAGGCGGGCCUGUCUACUCUCUACAAGUGGAUUGACCAACCAGACCGCAACGAAACAGGUUUCUACUCCUACCAGUUUCUCCAUGAAUGGUUCCGCGAUACAGAUGCAGAGUUCAUUGAGGUGGAUGGGAAGUACUACCUUAUUUUAGCCAGCCGCUCCCAGUCACCAGUUGUCUACCUGUGGAACAAAAGCACUCUGAAGUUUAUACUCCAUGGCGACAUCCCACUUGUGGAUGAUGUAGUGUCUGUCAAAGCUUUUCGAGUCGAACGUGACUUGUAUCUGGCUCUGGCUUGUUACAUCGGUGACUCAAAAGUGGUUAAGUGGGCCAACAAGCAGUUCAACGAGGUGCAGGCACUUCCCUCUCGGGGAGCGAUGGUCCUGCAGCCCUUCACCUUCUCAGACAGACACUACCUCGCUCUGGGCAGUGAUUACUCCUUCACACAGAUCUACCUCUGGGAUGCCGAGACCAAAACGUUUCACAAGUUUAAGGAUGUUUACGUGCAGUCGCCACGCUCAUUCACUGUGGUGACACCUGACCGGAGGAGUUUCAUCUUCUCCUCCAGCCUGAAGGGAAAAUCCAUUGUGUUUGAGCAUAUAUUUGUAGAUCUGAGCUUGUAAAUCAAAACUUAACUGUUG